GACAGCGAUGUGUCAGACCAAAAGUAAAUGUUCAUGCAAAAUUUUGUUGUUCUAAGUUUAUUUUUUAAUCGAAUAAAUUUAGAUAAAAUGGACUGCUAAACAUGUAAAACCAUAUGAAAAACAUCUAAAAACAGUGAAAAAAGUGUCAAUCUAUGGACUAGCAAGAAAAGUAGCAGAAAUAAACGAAUAAUAGAAGCUCCAAACCAGGAAAAUGUUCCGCAGUCGAAGCUGGUUUGGAGGGGGCUGGAAUCGUCCGAAAAAUCGCCUCUCACUGGAUCACCUGAAGUAUUUGUACAGCGUUCUGGAGCGGAACACUACCGUGUCGGAGAAUAAUCGCGGUCUUCUGGUGGAGUCCCUUCGUUGCAUAGCCGAGAUCCUCAUUUGGGGCGAUCAGAAUGAUUCAUCCGUAUUCGAUUUCUUUUUAGAAAAGAAUAUGCUGUCGUAUUUCUUGCACAUUAUGCGCCAGAAAAGCGGAGGGUCCAGCUUUGUUUGCGUUCAGCUGCUGCAAACGUUGAACAUCCUGUUUGAAAACAUUCGAAAUGAAACGUCCCUGUAUUACCUCCUUAGCAACAACCUCGUGAACUCGAUAAUCGUCCACAAGUUUGACUUCUCCGACGAAGAUGUGAUGGGAUACUACAUACUGUUCCUGAAGACCCUCAGCUUGAAGCUGAACACGCACACGAUACACUUCUUCUACAACGAGCAUACGAACGACUUCCCGCUGUACACCGAAGCAAUCAAGUUCUUCAACCAUCCGGAAUCGAUGGUUCGUAUUGCAGUGCGUACCAUCACGUUGAACGUGUACCGCGUGCAGAACCCGAACAUGUUACAGUUUAUUCGGGAUAAAACCGCUGCACCUUACUUCAGUAAUUUGGUUUGGUUCAUCGGGAAGCACAUUUUGGAAUUGGAUGCAUGCGUGCGGAAUGAUAUCGAUCAUCAAUCGCAGCAUCGAUUGGCUAAUCUGGUUGCAGAGCAUCUGGAUCACCUGCACUAUCUGAAUGAUAUUCUUUGUCUGGAUAUAGCAGACCUCAACGCAGUGCUCACCGAGCAUUUACUCCACAAACUGCUGGUUCCGUUGUACAUAUUUUCCCUAACACCUUCGCCACCCAUUUCGAUGGCUGUUGUAACUAGAAAUCUAGCGGCUGUGCUUAACAAAGUGGUCGACAUCGACAUCAAAGAGAUGAACAAUCCUCGAGUGUCCAGCGUGGUAGCCCUGUUCCUACUAUCGCUCGUGUUUCUUGUGAUAACUCAUAGACCACUAAUUAAUGCUUUGACCUGGGUUAUACUAAAUGCCGAUCAUACGGUGUUUAAGGAAGGAGCAGCCCAGAUCCUUAAUUCAUACAUUGAAAAUCGCGAAGUCGUCGCUCUAGGAUUUGGUCAACCUGUCGAAAGUUUGGAAGAAGCUUUGGAAAGUUCUGCAGCUUCCUCCAGUUCCUACAAUUAUGAUCAAAGUGUGGACGAAGGAAACAGUAGUAGCAGUACGUCUACCAAUCAUGAUCAACAAAUAUCAGAAUCACCAAGUCCACCGACGUUAUCGGACGAAAUCGAAAAAGUCAACAUUACCGAUGAAGAGAAAGAGAAGCUAUUGCUCAAUGCAUAUCGUACGCCAGAAACCAAUAGACCGUUCCUAGAUAUGGUACUUUCAUCUUUGGACUGUACCGAGAACGAUUAUCUUGCGCUGCUAGCUCUGUGCCUAUUGUACGCAUUGGCAAACAACAAAGAUGGGGUCAAUGCGGAGUGGCUAGAAAUAGUGUUGAAUCGUUCAUCACCAUCCGGAUGCUCCAAGUACAACAUUAUACUCAUUGAGAAACUACUGCAGAUAAUCACACUGUCCAGUCAACCAUCAUGUCGUAUCCGACUAGUCACAAUUGACCUAACGUUGAAAUUGCUGUCGCAAAUCAUCGGCAUUGGCACAAGCAACGUGAAUAUCAGCGACCUACACAAGCAGACCAUAUUUUCGGCUCGGAACCAAAGCAUGACAGUUCUGAGAAACUUCUACAAAUCGGAAGACAUCUUUCUGGAUUUGUUCGAGGAUGAGUACAACGAAAUGGUAAAGUCCGUCUUGAACGUGGAAUUCCUGUGCAACGACUCAACCAUUCUACUACCGCCGACGGGGACGCCUCUGACGGGAAUCGGAUUCACCAGGCGAUUGCCUUGUGGUGAGGUGGAAAAGGCGCGUCGGGCCAUCCGGGUGUUCUUUCUGCUGCGGCGAAUGUGUCAAAGCAUCAACGGCGAAAAGGAAAUGCUAUUGCCUCUGACGAACCCCAAUCAAUGUGUACAAAUCGAUAACGCUCUUGAUUUAAAUAACAGCGACUUGAUAGCCUGUACUGUGAUAAUGCGUGAUGGAACCAAGUAUCGUCGGUUUCUAGUCAUGCAUAUCCUUCAGCUUAUCCUGGUGGAACCUGACAGUAAACGGCUAGGAUGGGGUGUGGCCAAAUUCGUUGGAUUUUUGCAGGACGUUGAGGUGAAUGGAGAUAAAGAGGAUUCCAGGAGUCUACAUCUCACCAUUCAUAGAGGUGGUGCCACAAACAAUCGCACCCCAAUAUUGUCCGCCAAAUUUAUGUUCGAUGACCACAUUCGUUGCAUGGCAGCGAAACAAAGACUCACCAAAGGCCGCAGCAAGGCACGUCAGAAGAAAAUGUUCCAAAUUGCACAGCUCUUGGAAAUACCAGGACAACUGAAUGACGCUCAGUUUCCUUCGUCGGCAUCUUCAAGUUCGUCGGGUUCCGGUGGAAUGGCGAGACCAAGUAGUGGAAGACAGCCGCGGGAACAUCGACCGCUAUUCUCCACGGCGAACCGAGUACCUGGAGUCGCUUCCGCUCUGAGACGGGACAGUAUGCCUUCGGGAAGCGUUAGCAGAGUGCAGUUGAACGCAAGUCGUUCGAUAGAUGGCGAUUCUACCGGAGCACGCCGGAAGAGCACCAACCCUGUGACUGCUCGGCGGGACUCCAGUCAACCGAUAGCCGUCAGCGUAGUAAAGUCUCGUGAAACCUCUCGAAACAGGACCGGAGGAACGCCCAGGUCACGUGAAUCCAGUCCUCGUGUACCGAGACCUCGUUCAGAGGAAAUACCGUUAGAAGAUUUUCGCCGUUCGCAGAACGCAAGUCCCGUUUCGCGAAACUCCUCAAACGCUCCCUCCCGGUCACAUACCCCUUCUCGAUUGACGCUGGAACCAGUGGGGAUGGUUGUACCCAAUGCGAGCGGCCAAUUAGCAAGCAGUAGUAAUGGAAGUGGUGUCAUUUUGUCUAAAGAUGUCACCGUUCCAACAGUGGUGACCGUGAAUUCCAGCUCUACCACGAUUACCCUUCCCGUAGAGUUGAGUCCCACCUCCGAGGAAACGUCGUUCAUCGCUAGCGAAGAGCGGCAAAAGAAGCGGGGUGCUAUCGAAACGGUAUGAACCGUACAAUGAGCUUCGGGGUCAAAUCCGUGGGUAGUUUAAAAUUGUUUUCGUUUUAAUUUUUUAACCAAUGUCAGGACUAAAUAAAAAUUUUAUCAUUGUGUAACUUAUGUGGCAAAAGAACCGGUUUAUCUAGCGGAAUAAAGAGUCUUAUUUACGUUCGUCAACUA